GGAACAUGGCAUACACACCCCCUGAGCCCAAGACCAUUGCGGCCAGCCCAGGCGCCAGGUGAGAUGCUGGCAUUCCUGGUGCCUGUGCUGUAACUUAAUAAGCCAUUUCUGCGCCUAGCUCCAGGGCUGCCUGGCAGCUGCAUGUGUGUGCUGAGGGUCACUUCAGAAAUGCCAGGAGAUGGGAGAUUAGGCCAGCAAGUUCCCAGCUGCCCACCCUGGGGUGUUUCCCAAACCUCGGUUUAGGCACAGGUGGUGCUCAUGGCAGUGCAAUGGCCCAGUGGUCCCUUGUGUGCCGGCAGGGCAUACCUGGGCAGCUGGCUCCGGGUCCGCAGGGCCUCGUGCCAUUGCACAUCGCGUGGAUGGAUGCUUUGAGGGCAAGCAGAGGCAGCGUCCCGAGGCUGUGCCGUAGGCAUCCACAGCCGCGGGAAGUCCCGGGCAUCAGUGCAUGGGCUAGACUGCUCAGAGGGCUCGGGUAAUUUUACGGUCCCAGGUACUAUUUGCAGUGCUACCUGCUGGAACCAGGGACGCCUAAUGUACCCAAGCACCAGCCGACGGCCGGAGGGGGCACAGCCGCCCCCUGCUCCCGGCGUUCGGGCCGGGACAGGCGGUCCGAGGCGCUGUCCGUGCCCGCCGUCGGGGCAUUGCCCGCGGGCAGGGCCGGGGGCGGGGGGCAGGAAGCGCGGAGGCCGAGCGGAGCCGCUGCCCCAGCCGGGCGGGCCGAGUGUCACCGCCGGGCCCCGCCUCUCCCCGGGCACAUAAAAGCGCGGCCGGCCACCGAUUGCACACUGCCGCGCCGCUCCUGCUGCUGCUUGUGCCCUUCCUGCCGCCUCCUCUGCUCCCCGGGGACCGAGGGCGAUGGACGCCGGCUGCCUGUGGGCCCGCAGCCUGCUGCUCUUCCUCGGUUACCUAUUGCAAGCAGUGCUGGGCACAACAGUGAUCCCGUUAUGUGGGCCUGGUGAAAUGGAGAACUGCACAACAGCACUCAUCCAGACAGAGAACAGCCCACGUGUGGCCCAAGUUGGGAUAACGAGAUGUAAGCCUGAAAUGAAGGACUACUGCUUCCACGGGCAGUGUGUGUACAUCGUGGACUUGGAUGAGCACUAUUGCAGGUGUGACGUGGGCUUCUCGGGAGUGCGGUGCGUGCACUCAGAGCUCGUGCGGCAGCCCCUCAGCAAGGAGUACGUGGCGCUGACCGUCAUCGUGGUCCUGCUCUUCCUCGCCGCCCUCUCUCUCGCCAGCUACUACAUCUGCAGGAGGUAUCGCAACAAGAGGAGACAAACAAACGCCAGUGAAUACAAGGAAGUUGGUGCCCUAUAGGAGAAGCUGUGACUUCCUGCAGUGUUCAGUUCAUCUGGAUGGACUCAACGGCUACACAUCUAUUUAAAUUUUUUUUUGUUAAUAAUAUUUACAAUAUUUAUAACAUUUUAAAAAUUUCAAUUGUCUGGUGAUUCAAUAAGCAUAGGUCAAGCAUUUUAUUUUCAGUGUUUUAUUUUUUUAUUAAAUAAUAUUUCCUAAAGGAAAUCCCACCUAGGUGGUUCUGUGGGAUAGAGAUAUAUUUUUAUAAAAACUCAUCUUCUUACUCUGGAGAGAAGAAUUUUAUAUUUAUUCUUGUGAAUAUACUCAAAGCAAUUGUAUUCCUUGAAAUAAAAUUCUAGACAAAG